AGACAAAUGUUUGAUGCGCUUAGUUAAACAAAGCUGGAUACCACUUCAAAGGAGAGAUGCACCAAUCGAAGCAUAUAAAUUAUAGAAAUGGAGAUGGUCAACCAAUUAACAACUACUGCAUUUCAUUCCACCCUGUUUCAAGAAAAAAUCUUCUUGGAGAUAAUGGGACAUGUUCUCUGAACUUUCCCUAAUAGAAACGUAAACUACCACACCAACGACCCCAUGUUGUAAUCAGAAGACCUCAAUCCUCGUGAAGUCUUCCCAGUUCAAUCAAAAUGGCUUGGCUAUCCUUCAUCUCUGUCUUUACUCUUUCUCUGAUUUCUUUCUCUUCCUCCAUUCUUGCUCAGCAAUCAUAUGUGGGAAAGGGUACAACAGACUGCGACAACAAUAAUUUAACUUCUGUUCUUGGUUACGCCUGCAAUGGUGUCAACGCUAGUUGCCAAGCUUUCCUUAUCUUCAGAUCUGAACCCCCAUAUAACGAUGUUUCUUCCAUAUCUGAUCUUCUGGGGUCUGACCCAUCUCAGCUUGCCCAAAUCAAUUCAGUUGAUGAGACUGCUACAUUUGAAACAAAGAAAGAGGUCAUUGUUCCAGUCAAUUGCUCCUGUUCAGGUGAGUUCUCUCAGGCAAACACCUCUUAUGUUGUUCAGCAUGGAGAUACCUACUUAUUGAUAGCAAAUAACACCUUCGAAGGCCUCUCUACAUGUCAAGCUCUCCGGAGUCAAAGAACUUCUCUAACUACUAAUAUAUAUACUGGUACAAAGCUUACUGUUCCUCUUAGGUGUGCUUGUCCUACCAAGAACCAAAGUGAUGUGGGUGUCAAGUAUCUCAUGAGUUACUUGGUCGCUUCUGGUGAUUAUGUUUCAAGCAUUAGUGUGAGAUUUGGUGUGGAUACUGGAAUGACUCUUGAAGCUAAUGAGCUUUCUGAGCAAAACCCCAACAUUUAUCCCUUUACUACCCUUCUAAUUCCCCUGCAAAAUCUGCCCUCAAGUUCCCAAACUAUAGUGCCGCCGCCGCCGCCGCCACCAUCACCUCCACCUCCAACUGCUGUAUCGUCCCCAAGUAAAAGCUUGAAGAAAACAUGGGUUUAUGUCGUUGUUGGAGUUGUUGCCGGAAGUGCUCUUGUAUUGCUGUUUGGCUCUGUUAUUUUCUUCAAAUUCUUUAGGAAAACUAGGAAGAAAACUGAUCCAAUUGCUAUCUCAGAGAGCUUUGAGGCAUGUGAGAAACCACUUAAGGAGGAACAGCAUGAGUUCUUGGAGAGUAUAUCUAGCAUAGCACAAUCCCUCAAAGUUUACAAAUUUGAAGAACUACAAUCUGCAACUGAUAAUUUCAGCCCCAAUUGUAGGAUAAAGGGGUCUGUUUACCGUGGCACGAUUAAAGGGGAUUUGGCUGCCAUAAAGAAAAUGGAUGGAGAGGUGUCAAAUGAAAUAGCUUUACUAAACAAGAUCAACCAUUUCAAUGUCAUCCGCCUCUCUGGCAUUUGUUUUAAUGAUGGGCAUUGGUACCUCGUCCAUGAGUAUGCUGUUAAUGGACCCUUGACUGAUUGGAUCUAUAACAACAAUGAUGACAGCAGGUUUUUAGUUUGGAUGCAGAGAAUUCAAAUUGCUUUGGAUGUGGCCACAGGGCUUAACUAUCUCCAUAGCUAUACCAGCCCUCCCUAUGUCCACAAGGACAUAAAAAGCGGUAAUGUGCUUCUUGAUAGUGACUUCAGGGCUAAGAUUGCUAACUUCGGUUUAGCAAGGUCAGCAGAGGGGCAGGAGGGUCAGUUUGCCUUAACCAGGCAUAUCAUUGGGACAAGAGGUUACAUGGCACCAGAGUAUCUGGAGAAUGGUUUGGUCUCCACAAAGCUUGAUGUUUAUGCAUUUGGGGUUCUCAUGCUGGAGAUGCUUACAGGGAAAGAAGUUGCUGCAUUAUAUGAAGGUGAGAACAUGCACCUACCAGAUGUCUUAGUUGCUGUGCUCCAUGAGGGAGAUGGAAAGGAGAAGUUGAGGAACUUCAUUGAUCCUUCCCUGAGUGGGAAUUAUCCUUUGGAACUUGCCAUUGUUAUGAUCAGAUUGAUAGAUAGCUGCUUAAAGAAAUCUCCAGCAAGUCGCCCAGAUAUGGUUGAGAUAGUGCAAGCCCUGUCAAGAACCUUGACCACUUCAGUGGCCUGGGAAUUGUCUAAUAAUGUCUCAGGAUACCAAAAUUCCAGUUAGAGUUUUUUUCUGGCAAUCUCCUUAUGGGGAGGUCGAUAUCUGAAUUUCUGUAAUAUUUCUUACAUUCCUUCCCAUUUUCCUUGUUAUGUUGUUGCUAGUUUCUUGCAUCUAUGAUCAGUCUGAAGUUUAGAUUCCUAAAGGCCUCUGUCAUCUUUAGGUGCUUUGGGUUGCUUAGCAUGGUCACUAUUUCUUUAUUCUGCAGGUAAAAAAAUGCCUGGUCCUUUAAAGAGUGCUCUAAAAUAUUAGUUCACUGAUAGAGGAGGGACUGAGGUUACACCUAUGUUUCAGAAUAAGUGUAUCAGCAUUAUAGACACACAUGAACUUGCAUCUUUCAGAUCCAUUGGAGCUGCCCCACAUGAACAUCAUCUCAAGUUUUACAUUAUUGCCUUUGAAACCUUCCUGUAAAUUAUCCCUGCUCAAGGCAGUAUUACCUGGCAAGGACCUCUUGCAUCCAAGUCUUGUCAAUAGCUAUUUUACCAUUUAAAACGGACAUAAUGGUUGCUAACUACAUAUAAAGGCAGAAUGUUUCUAUGCUCUUCUCAGAGUUCAUAUGGUGGCAGGCAGCGAGCGCCCACAACCUCGCUACCUUCUGAAGUUCAACCCUGAGACAGGCUGAAAUGGUAAACCAAGCCAAACCAUAUACGGAAGAUGACCAGCGAACUAUCGACCAAUCUUCUCUAUUCCAAGAAAUUUCGUCACAGAGAUACAUUGGCACGUUAUUAGAAAAGUUAUUAGAAAAGUCAGUUCAAAGCACAACACCCAAAAGUUAAGCCAACCUGUUUGACAGAGACAGAGAGCAUAGUUUAUAACCGCCUCAUCCCCAUGAGAUCUUCCAAUUCAACCAAAAUGGCCUCUCCAUCUUUCUUCUCCGUCUUCACUCUCUCCCUGAUUUGUUGCUUUUCCUUGAUUCUUGCUCAGCAGUCUUACCUCGGCCUGGGCACAGCAGACUGUUACAAUAAUAAUUAUACUACUGUUCUUGGUUACACCUGUAAUGGUGUAAACACCACCUGCCAAACUUACCUCAUCUUCAGAUCAGAAUCCCCAUAUAACAAUGUUUCUUCCAUCUCUGAUCUCUUGGCUUCUGACCCAUCUCAGCUCGCUCAAAUCAAUUCAGUAACUGAGACUGCUACUUUUGACACAAACAAGGAGGUGAUUGUUCCUGUCAACUGCUCUUGUUCAGGUGUGCUUGUCCAACAAAGGCCCAAAGCGAUGCGGGUGUCAAGUAUCUAAUGAGUUACCUGGUCGCUUAUGGUGAUACUGUUUCAGCUAUAAGUGGGAGGUUUGGUGUCGAUACUGAAAGGACUCUUGAAGCUAAUGAGCUUUCUGAGCAAGACACCAUUAAUCCUUUUACUACCCUUCUAAUUCCUCUGCAAAAUCCACCUUCAAGCUCCCAAACCAUAGUGCCACCACCACCGCCACCGCCACCUCCACCUCCAUCUGCUGUAUCUUCCCCCAGUGGAAGUUCAAAGAAGACAUGGGUGUAUGUUAUUGUUGGAGUUGCUGCAGGAGUUGUUCUUCUUUUGUUCUUUGGCUAUGUCAUUUUCGUAAAAUUCUUCAGAAAAACCAAGAAGAAAAAUGAUCAAAUUGCUGUCUCAGAGAGCUUUAAACCACUUGAAAAACCCCUCAAGGUGGAAGAACAUGAGUUCUUCGAAAGUAUAUCCAGCAUGGCACAAUCCGUCAAAGUUUACAAAUUUGAGGAACUACAAUCUGCAACUGACAAUUUCAGCCCAAGUUGUCUGAUUAAGGGAUCUGUUUAUCGUGGCACAAUUAAAGGGGAUUUGGCUGCCAUUAAGAAAAUGGAUGGAAAUGUGUCAAACGAAAUAGCUUUACUAAGCAAGAUCAACCAUUUUAAUGUCAUCCGCCUCUCUGGCAUUUGUUUUAAUGAUGGGCAUUGGUAUCUAGUUCAUGAGUAUGCUGUUAAUGGAUCCUUGAGUGAUUGGAUCUAUUACAACAACAAUGAUAGGAGAUUCUUGGUUUGGACGCAGAGAAUUCAGAUUGCUUUGGAUGUGGCCACAGGGCUUAACUAUCUCCAUAUACAUGUCAGCCCUUCUUAUAUCCACAAGGAUAUGAAAAGUAAUAAUGUGCUUCUCGAUGGGGAUUUCAGGGCUAAGAUUGCUAACUUUGAUCAGGCAAGGUCAGCAGAGGGGCAGGAAGGUCAGUUUGCCUUGACGAGGCACAUCGUUGGGACAAAGGGUUACAUGGCUCCAGAGUAUCUGGAGAAUGGUUUGAUCUCCACAAAGCUCGAUGUCUAUGCGUUUGGGGUUCUCAUGCUGGAGAUAUUUACUGGGAAAGAAGUUGCCGCUCUAUAUGGAGGGGAAAGCAUACACUUAUCAGAGGUCUUGGCUGCUGUGCUUCAUGAGGAUGACGGAAAGGAGAAAUUGGGGGACUUCAUAGAUCCGUCUUUAGAUGGGAAUUAUCCUCCAGAACUUGCCAUUUUUAUGAUCAGAUUGAUAGAUAGCUGCUUAACGAAAGCUCCAGCAGGUCGCCCAGACAUGGAUGAGAUAGUGCAAUCCCUAUCAAGAAUCUUGGCCUCUUCACAAGCCUGGGAAUCGUCUAAUAAUGGUGCAGGAUAACAAAAUUAUAGUGAAAGCUUUUGAUGGCAUUUACAGUAUGGUAGGGUCGGUUUGAUUUCAAAGUCUUAAUUUUGUAAUAUUUCGUGUAUUUCUUUCAGUUUUCCUUGGUAUGAUGCAUAAUUCAAUUCAGAUGCAAUUCAAUCUC